GCAAGCAAGUUACUAAUUCAUUCCCCACUUUCAAGUUCAGAAGCAGCCUGCCAGGCACUGGAGUCAGAAUGAAGACCCCAGCCUCUGCCCACGCCUGUGGCAUUGUGUUGGUCCUGCUCUCACUGCUGGCUGUCCUCCAGACCACCUCUGCCCGACAGAAUGGCAUCGACAUCUACAGCCUCACCGUGGACUCCAAGGUCUCAUCCCGAUUUGCCCACACAGUCGUCACCAGCAGGGUGGUCAACAAAGCUGAUACUAUGCAGGAGGCCACCUUCCAGAUGGAGCUGCCCAAGAAAGCCUUCAUCACCAACUUCUCUAUGAUCAUCGACGGUGUGACCUACCCAGGGAACAUCAAGGAGAAGGAUGCAGCCCAGAAGCAGUACAGUGAGGCUGUGGCCAGGGGACAGAGCGCUGGCCUCGUCAAGGCCACCGGGAGAAAGAUGGAACAGUUCCAGGUAUCUGUCAGUGUGGCUCCUGCUGCCAAGGUCACCUUUGAGCUGGUGUAUGAGGAGGUGCUCAAGCGGCAGCUGGGAGUGUACGAGCUGCUGCUAAAAGUCCGGCCCCAGCAGCUGGUCAAACACCUGCAGAUGGACAUUCACAUCUUCGAGCCUCAGGGGAUCAGCUUUCUGGAGACAGAGAGCACCUUCAUGACCAAAGAACUGGCAAACGCUCUCACCACCUCACAGAACCAGACCAAGGCUCACAUCCGAUUCAAGCCGACACUGUCUCAGCAACAGAAGUCUUCAGAGCAACAGGACACAGUCGUGGAUGGCGACUUCAUUGUCCGCUACGAUGUGAACCGGACCCUCUCUGGAGGCUCCAUUCAGAUCGAGAAUGGCUACUUUGUGCACUACUUUGCCCCUGAAGGCCUGCCCACAAUACCCAAGAAUGUGAUCUUUGUGAUUGACAAGAGUGGCUCCAUGAUGGGCCGGAAAAUCCAACAGACCCGGGAAGCCCUAAUUAAGAUCCUAGAUGACCUCAGCCCCAAAGACCAGUUCAACUUCAUCAGCUUCAGCGGGGAAGCAACCCAGUGGAAGCCAUUGCUGGUGCGAGCUUCGGCCGAGAAUGUGAAUGUGGCCAGGGGCUACGCUGCCAGCAUCCAAGCCCAGGGAGGGACCAAUAUCAAUGAUGCGAUGCUGAUGGCUGUGCAGCUGCUGAAGAAAGCCAACCAAGAGGAGCUGCUGCCCCCGGGGAGCAUCUCCCUCAUCAUCCUCCUCACCGAUGGCGACCCCACCGUGGGAGAGACUGACCCCACAAAGAUCCAGAGGAACGUGAAGGAUGCCAUAGACGGCCAGUACAGCCUCUUCUGCCUGGGCUUCGGCUUCGAUGUCAGCUACAACUUCCUGGAGAAGCUGGCACUGGACAACGGCGGCCUGGCUCGGCGCAUCUACGAGGACUCGGACGCUGCCCUGCAGCUGCAGGACUUCUACCAGGAGGUGGCCAGCCCACUGAUGACAGCAGUGACCUUCGAGUACCCAAGCAACUCUGUGAAGGAGGUCACGCAGAACUCAUUCCGGCUGCUCUUCAAGGGCUCUGAGAUGGUGGUGGCUGGAAAGCUCCAGGACCAGAGCUCUGAUGUGCUCUCAGCCAAAGUCAACGGGCAGCUGAGCAGGGAGAACAUCACCUUCCAAACGGAGUCCAGGGUGGCAGAGCAGGAGGAGGAGUUCCGGAGCCCCAAGUAUAUCUUCCACGGCUUCAUGGAGAGACUCUGGGCAUACCUGACCAUCCAGCAACUCCUAGAGAAAAUGGUUUCCGCACCAGACGCUGAGAAGCAGGCUCUCAAGACCCAAGCUCUGGGCUUGUCGCUCAACUACAGCUUUGUUACCCCCCUCACAUCCAUGGUGGUCACCAAACCUGAAGGCCAAGAACAGUCCCAAGUUGCUGAGAAGCCUCUGGAAAAUGAAAACAGUCACAGGAUAGCUCACUCAGGUCAUGCUCUCUUUGGACUUGAUUCCGCAGGAGCCAGAGGGCCCAGAAUACUAGCUGGAGCUUCUGGGAGGUUACCUGGCUUGCCGAGACCGGGACAACCUGGACCUCUUCAAGCUUAUCAUCGUUCCCUUUACCCACCCUAUGGUAUUGGCUCGGGUAAAAGGCUAGCAGCUGCUCCUGGGCUAAUGCAUUUCCUUUCAGAUCCCCUUGUCGGGAAUGAUUAUGACAUGGAUAUCAGUAGCAGAGAAGCAAGCACAAGAGCCUCAUUACCGGCCCCCAUCCAGGCUCCCGCCGUCAUCCUGCCACUGCCGGGGCAGAGCGCGGACCAGCUCUGUGUGGACAUCAAGCACUCUCAGGGGCCGCUGAACCUGCUCUCAGACCCUGACCAAGGGCUUGAGGUGACUGGCCAUUAUGAGAAGGAGAAGGCCCAGUUCUCAUGGAUCAAGGUAACCUUCCAGAAGCCCCAGCUGCAGGUCCAUGUGUCCCGUACGCAAGUAGUAGUCACUCGGGACCGAAGAAACUCGGCGUACAAGUGGAAGGAAACGCUGUUCUCGGUGAUGCCUGGCCUCAAGAUGACCAUGAACGAGGCGGGACUCCUGCUGCUCAGCAGCCCAGACAAAGUGACCAUCGGCCUGCUGUACUGGGACGGCCCUGGGCAGGGUGUCCGGCUGCUUCUGCAGGACACCGACCGCUUCUCCAGCCAUGUUGGUGGGACCCUUGGCCAAUUUUACCAGGAUGUGCUCUGGGGACCUUCGGCGGCAGCAGCAGAUGACAGCAAGAAAACACUGAAGGUUCAAGGGCAUGAUUACCCUGCGACCAGAGAGCUCAAGCUGGAUUACCAAGAAGGGGCCCCAGGGACAGAGUUUUCCUGCUGGUCUGUGGAACUAUAGUCCUGAUGGGACCAACCCACCCUGAUGCCACGCCACUGCGUGCAGACGGCUGCCAUCCUGUGACCAUCGGGCCACCUGCGGGGCCUGAACCAUGAUGGGGAGGGGAGUUCCACUUGUUACAAAUAAAGAAAGGUGGUGUAAGCC